GUGAAUGGGGGGGGGUCUGUCCACUGGCCGUGUGAGAGCGAGGCGGGCGCCGCGCUUGCGCACUGCACAGGCCGGGGACGAGCGCCGCGAGAGAGAGAGAGAGAGAGAACAGAGAGGAUGUUGCUUCCUUAUCACCGGCUAUUCCAGGAUCAUUUAGAGGUUAACUCUAAAAGUCAAACGGGGGUCCAGUUUUUGGAAAGUGUCAUGUCGUGUCAGUGGGUUAAAGGGAGCAGCCGAAGUGAAGUGAUUCGCAUGAGUUCAAGUCAGAUGCAGGGGGAGGAUUUGGUCUAAAGAAUACUGUUAUUAUACUGGAACAAUCAUGCAGUUUGAUUUCAUCCAGCAACUCUGAGAACUGUGCAAAAAUUGAUUCAAAAAGAAUACAUUUAACUCCAGAAUAGUUACAUUUUCUGCAGUCAGAUUGAGAACGUUAUUCAACCAUCAUGUCUCAAACAACUGACAUUUUUUGUAAAACUGGUUCCAGUUUAAGUGGGACAUCCUGCAAAGAUGUCUUAGAUUUACAGACAGCAAAAUUUGAUAAUCUGUACUAUGGUCCCAGACCAAUUCAAGGGCUUUCAAAUGUUACAGAUAAUCUCAAUGUUUCUUUUGGCCCAUCAUCAGCUAUUGUACAUCUGAGGUCGCUACUGCAUAACAAACAUUUAUUGAAAUAUAUGAAUGAUGAUCGACUCAAACAAUCACCUUUCUGUGACUUGGUAAUUAUAGUAGAAGGAAAACAUUUUUGUGCCCAUAAAGUGGUUGUUGCUGUUGGAAGUAGUUAUUUCCAUGCUUGUUUAACCAAGAACCCAAACAUGGAUAGUAUCCAGUUGGAUCACGUGAGCUAUUACGUAUUCCAUCAUCUACUAGAGUUCCUGUACACCUCUGAAUUCUUAAUACAGGAAAAUGAAAUUCCUUCAGUUUUGGAAGCAGCACAAUUUCUCGACAUUAUGGAUGCUGUUAAAUUGUUGACUGGUAAUGAGACUGCAUCUAGGUCAACUCAAACAGAAUUGUUAACUGAAAAUACCAUCCAGAUGGAAGAAAAGGAACCUCUUGAACCCACUGCCAAAUUACAAUAUCGAAAUGUAUGUACCUUCUGCAGUAAAACUUUCUGUUAUAAGAAAUCCCUAGAAAACCAUAUAGCUAAAGCACACAGUGCAAGGUCUGUGGAGUCCGAAGGAAAUAGUGAAGCCACAAAGAUGGAACUCUCUAACAGGAGAUGGUCAACUCGAACUCGCAAGUGCCCAGUGAAGUUUGAGCAUAAAAGUGAUGAAAUCACAGAUAUUUCUGAAGAUGAAUCAUCACUAAAAAGUGGCAGUGACAAUGAGAAACUUGAUGACGGUGAAGGGACAGAAAGUGAAGAUGACCUGGAAGAUGUUGAAGCAAAAUUUGUGGAAGAAAAUGAUAUUGAUGAGGAGGAUGCAAAUGGUGAAGAAACUGAUGAAGAUGACACUGUGGAUGUAGAAGAAAUUGAGCAAAAUAUUCCAAAAGAACUAGCUCCUGUAAUUUUACAGAUUGGGAGCAAGAAAACACUCCAAUGUCCUAAAUGUGAUAAAAGUUUUGACCGAAUAGGAAAGUACGAAUGCCACACCCGUGUGCAUACAGGGGAAAAGCCUUUUGAGUGUGAUAUUUGUAAUCAGCGUUACUCCACCAAAUCAAACUUAACGGCUCACAGGAAGAAACAUAGUAUGCAAACUGCUAUUCAAAGAAAGGAACAAAAAUGCCCAUUCUGUAAUAAACUUCAUGCAAGCAAGAAAACUUUAGCAAAGCAUGUGAGGAGAUUCCAUCCAGAUAGCAUACAAGAGUUUUUUGCGAGUAGAAAGAAGAGAAGUGAAGCAUGGAGGUGUGAUGUAUGUAACAAAAGCUUUACACGAAGACCUCACCUUGAGGAGCACAUGAUCCUUCACAGCCAGGACAAACCAUUCAAAUGCACUUACUGUGAGGAACAUUUCAAAUCAAGAUUUGCAAGACUCAAACAUCAGGAAAAGUUUCACUUGGGUCCUUUUCCCUGUGAUAUCUGUGGUCGUCAGUUUAAUGAUACUGGGAACCUUAAGCGACAUAUUGAAUGUACUCAUGGAGGAAAAAGAAAAUGGACUUGCUUUAUUUGUGGGAAGGCUGUAAGGGAAAGAACUACAUUGAAGGAACAUCUUCGAAUACACAGUGGAGAAAAACCUCAUCUGUGCAGUAUUUGUGGACAAAGUUUUCGUCAUGGUAGUUCAUAUAGACUUCAUUUACGUGUACAUCAUGAUGACAAGCGUUAUGAGUGUGAAGAUUGUGGGAAAACAUUUAUUCGCCAUGACCAUCUCACAAAACACAGGAAAACACAUUCAGGAGAAAAAGCUCAUCAAUGUGAAGAAUGUGGAAAGUGCUUUGGCCGUAGGGAUCAUCUCAGUGUUCAUUACAGAAGUGUUCAUCUAGGAGAAAAAGUUUGGCAGAACAGGUACAAAGCUACUCUUCACCAAUGUGAAGUAUGUAAGAAGGAAUUUAAAGGGAAAUCAAGCUUGGAUAUGCAUUUUAGGACACAUUCAGGAGAAAAACCAUAUAAAUGUCAAGUCUGUAACCAGACAUUCAGAAUUAAGAAGACUUUAACAAAGCACAUGGUUAUUCAUUCUGAUGCCCGACCUUUUAACUGUCCCCAUUGCAAUGCAACAUUUAAACGGAAAGAUAAGCUGAAGUAUCACAUGGAUCAUGUACAUGGCAGUAAGUCUAUGGAACAAUCAACUAUGGCUGGUUCUGAAGUGAAAGUGGUGUCCCAGCAAUUACUAUAUGCAGAGGAUGGAAAAGUAUACCAAACUGACACAAAACCAUACUUGGAGCACAAUAAGAUGUACUCUGCAGAACCAAAAACAGCAACUCAAAAUGCGCACAGCGAUGUGUGUGUGCCAGUUACACUAGUACCUGUACGGAUACCAGAUGCCACUGUGCAGGCUGAAGCAGCGCAGCAUUCUACUUCUUUGGCUCCACAGCCACACAACCUCCUUCAUCCCCAACAACCAACUGAGCAAACUGAUUACCAAAGGGCUGCAGACCUUGCAUUUCUUGAAAAGUACACUCUAACUCCACAGCCUAGAAAUAUAGUGCAUCCUGUUCGACCUGAUCAAAUGUUAGAUCCACGAGAGCAAUCAUAUCUUGGAACGUUACUUGGACUUGACACGGGUACACCAGUACAGAGUAUUUCCAAUACAGAACAUUAAUAUAGACGAACACUGCAUCUUCCUAUGAGUGAAAAUAAGUUUUUAAGUUAAAAUAAAAUUCAGAUCAAUUGCAAAUUAUGCUAGUAGAUUGGUAUAAUCUACUUAAAUUAUCUACCUUUUUUCUAUCCCUAAGUACACUAUAAUAAUGUAUUUUUUUAAAAAAUGUUAGUGUUUGUAUUCUACUCCCUAUUCUUGCAGAUAGUAUUCAUUCUAAAAUGAAUACACAAGACUUGGUCAUUAUAUAUAACUGUCAUAAUGUUUCUUUACAGGUGAUAAGUGAUAAGUGAAUUUAACCGUAAAUAAACUAUUCAAAUCCAAAAA